AUGUCUACUACUACUACUACUACUACAACUCCAAAUCCAAUAGACCAACAACAACAACAACUGCCACCUCCAUCUCCAGAGGCUGUGACCCAGCAAGCCUACAAAGCUCAUUCGGGUCACGGGUCGGUAGGUCCGGUUAUAGCUGUUCUUGCAGUGAUCACUAUUCUUGGAGUGAUAGCUGGGAUGAUCGGACGGCUCUGCUCGGGUCGGCGUAUCAUGGGUCAUGGACAGUACGACUUCGAGAGCUGGGUUGAGACCAAAUGCUCGUCUUGCCUCGACGGCAGAGUCGACCCUCCUCCGCCGCCACGUCAGCCACCUCCAGAUAUUUCUGAUCAGCCUUUGCCGGCAUGA